AUGAGGUCCUUGUCGUUAGCACUCAGUCUCACUCUGGUGUCCGGAGUUCAUCCUCUGGCUGUCGCACCUAGGCCGCACAUCGCAAGAGGCGAAGACUCAGAUGAACCUCAGCUCAAAAUUCCUGGUCUUCCUCUUCCAAAUGCUACAAAGUCUUACUGGCAAGAUCCUCCUCACCGCAUCGCCAACCACCGCACAACAAAGGACCUACCGACAUCUGAGGUCUUUGACUAUGUCAUCGUCGGCUCGGGCAUCUCAGGUGCUGCUACAGCCCACAAGCUGCUAGAUCGCGAUCCUGAUCUGUCUAUUCUCAUGCUUGAGGCCCGUACCGCAGCAUCAGGUGCAUCUGGCCGCAAUGGUGGUCAUUGUAAGGCUGGCAACUACAACGGUGUCAAGAGCUGGGUGGAAGAAUACGGCGAGGAUGAUGCUCUGCGACUUAGCAACAUGGAGCAAGACUGCGUCAACGACGUCCGCGAGUUUGUGAAAGCGCAUAAUGUCUCAAGCGACUUUACAGAUGUUGAGACCGCCAGUCUUUACUGGACAAAGGACUCCUUCGAAACGGCGGUCAAGAACAUUGAGUUUCAGCACAAGUUGGAAGAGAAGCGACCAAAUGAUGUUCCCAAGAACAAAAGAACUAUCAUGAAAGGCCAAGACGCUCGCGAUUACUGGAAAUGGCCUGAAAUCGUUGGCGCUGUGACAUUCAAGGCACACACCCAAAACCCAUAUCUCACCGUCUGUGCUAUGCUAGAGUACAGUCUCAACAAGGGUCUCAACCUGCAAACCAACACCAUGGCUCUUAACCUCAACCAACUUGGCAAGGGUAAGGAUGGAGCCAAAUGGGAAGUCAAGACAAACCGAGGCACAGUAAAGAGCAAGAAUGUGGUGCUAGCAACAAACGGCUUCACAAACGCUCUUCACCCAGGCAUCGCAAGCACAAACUUCACCAUGCCUGUCCGAAACCAAGUCGCUGCCGUGACACCCGAAGGCGAUACCUCAGGCAACAAAGUCUUUGAACGAAGCAACAGUCUUGGUGACCUUCACAGCGGUAACGUCUACAUCGCCGCUCGUCCACCAGGUUCCAAAGACGCAGGAAGUGUUGUAAUCGGCGGAUCGACUCAAAUGUCUCCCACACGAGAGCGGUGGAUUUCCGAUGAUACCUCCAUCAACGACCAAAUCGCCCUUGUUCUUCAUGGCGCAGCGCGUACAGUAUAUGGUUACAAGAACUGGGGCGAGUCUACGACAGUUAUUCAGGACUGGGUGGGCAUUGUUUGCGAGACACCAGAUGAGUUUCCCCUUGUAGGUGAGGUUCCUGCCGAGGAUGGACUUUGGGCUAUUGUUUGCAUGAAUGGUCAUGGUAUGGCUUGGGCGUAUCGAAGUGCUGAGGCGCUGGUUGAUAUGAUGACUACUGGAAAGACGCCCAAGUGGUUUCCAGAACAGUUUAGAGCUCAGCGUGCUUGGGAGGUCAAGGGGCAUGAGGAGCUGUAG